AUGCCGACCGCUAUUGCCAGGCUGGGUGACCUUAUUCUAGCCGAAGCUGACACAUGGGAGACAGUGGAGGGAAACGUAUAUUUUCCUCCAUCAUCCAUCAAAGAGCAGGAAAUAUUUGUCAAAUCGGAUACGAAGACCUUCUGUCCUUGGAAAGGCGAAGCAGAGUACUACACAAUAAUAAAAAAUGGUGAUACUAUCGUUUCGGAUGCGGCAUGGUACUAUGCUGCGCCAUAUGAGAAAGCAACGAACAUCAAGGAUCAUAUAGCUUUCUACAAAUCCAAGGUUGCAGUGACUAUAGAGUAA